AUGGCUUCGUCAAAUACAAGAAGCAGUCCAGCCAUGUCGCAUUCAAGCACUGGGACAAAGUCCCCGGCCGCACAAAAUUCCACUCUGCCCCUGGACUCAUCGCGCUACGCCUCGGCCAUAAACGACCCGGACCAACCCAUCGAGCUCUCCGGCCCCGAUCACAAGCCCGCUUUCCCUCCGAAAUACACAAAACGUCCACCUUCCUAUCCAAGUUCGAGUGUGCAACCGCCAUCGACCGAGACUUAUCAAAGUCGGGAUCUCGGGACGGGCCGCUUGUACUAUCACAACCAAGGUCCCGAUGAACAUCGCCCGCCGGUGCACCAGCAAAUGUCCUACACUCAACCCCAACAAGACUAUUACCGCCCACAGCCACCCCAACAGCCUGUGCAACCUAUUCAGCAUCAGGCAGGGCACUAUGCAAUGCAAGACCAGUUUUACCACGGAGGACAGAGGCCCCAGGUCGCCGCGCAGAGACCAGAUGAUUACUAUCACGCCCAGUCUCAGGCCCACGCCCCGCCGCAGCAAAUCUAUGCCCCCAAGCAAGAGCAAUAUUACCAGGAACGGGGGCAGGGCGAGUACUACCAGCCGCGGCAGCCCCUUGAUCAGCAGCAGCACUACGGGGCGCAGGCAAGACAGGCGCCGCAAGGAGGCGCGCAGAUCAAGAUCGAGCCUGAUGUUAUCGAUCAGCUGAUAUCGAGGGCGACGCCGGAGAAACAGAAUGUUGGAGGGAGGAGCAGUCGGAAUUGA